CGGCGACUCACCCGGAAGGAGAAGCCGGAAUCUGCAUCUGGCUAUAUGGUUCGGUGCUGGUGGUGUCGCUAUAGAGAGCCGCUGCUGCUGCUCUCAGGAGCCAGCCGGGAUCGUUUGUUGGCAGUACAUAUUGGCUGAAGUCAGUUUUCAUUUCAAGGUUUUACACAUAAUUGGGGUUGAGGGGAAAGUUACCUACCUGGAUUUCCCCAAGGGACAUCUGUGAAAAACUUUUGGGGGUUUUGCUCUGAGAGAACCCAGUACGGACAUGCUAACUGUGCGUCCUCCCAUGUCCUCUGCUCCUCCCCAGAUGUUCUCUUCCGAUGGGCUUUUGGUGUAGGAUGUUGGAGAACCAAGAGCUGGAGGAGGUGAUCACCGUGCGAGUUCAGGACCCCCGGGUGCAGAAUGAGGGCUCCUGGAAUUCUUACGUGGAUUAUAAGAUAUUCCUCCAUACGAACAGCAAGGCCUUUACUGCCAAGACCUCCUGUGUGCGACGGCGCUACCGUGAGUUUGUGUGGCUGAGGAAGCAGCUACAGAGGAACGCGGGCUUGGUGCCUGUACCAGAACUUCCCGGGAAGUCCACUUUCUUUGGCAGCUCUGAUGAGUUCAUUGAGAAGCGACGUCAAGGUCUCCAGCAUUUCCUGGAAAAGGUCCUGCAGAGCGUGGUUCUCCUGUCCGACAGUCAGUUACAUCUCUUCCUCCAAAGCCAGCUCUCAGUGCCCGAGAUCGAAGCCUGUGUCCAGGGCCGGGGCACCAUGACGGUGUCUGACGCCAUUCUUUCCUAUGCUAUGUCCAACUGUGGCUGGGCCCAGGAGGAGAGGCAGAGCACCUCUCACCUGGCUAAAGGAGACCAACCUAACAGUUGCUGCUUUCUUCCAAGAUCAGGAAGGAGGAAUUCCCCUUCACCACCUCUCAGUGAAGAGAAGGACCACGUAGAAACCUGGGCUCCAGUGAUCGACUCUGAAGGCCCAUCCUUAGACAGCCCCAUGCUGCCACCCAGCUCCUCGCCAGCCUGCUGUGAUCCGGCAAGACCAGAUGAGGGGCUCUCUGGGUCCCAGCCUGCAAGAAGGGCUGUGGCAGGGGACCCUGCUGUGCCUUUGGAUCCUGGUCAGCUAGACACAGUGUGGGGAAAGUGAGCUGUGGCUGUUCUCUGUUCUCCUGGGUGGUGGAGAAGAUGCCGCCAGGGUCACAUUCAGGUGGGGUUGAGGACAGGGCAGGUAUAGGGGAAGUCGGGUCGUUGAGCAUCUUCCAUUCAAAUCUGCGCAGGUUUGUCAUGCAGAGGUUCUGGCUGCCUGCUACAGCUCCUCCAUGGGAACAAACACCACACUGGUGUUUGUUUGUGAGUUAGGUGCAGGGCCCAGAAGCUGUUGGUUUUAAAUAGAACUGUAUUUACUUUCCCAGGAGGUGAGUUUCUUCAGGUGUUUGUUUAAAGAGAACUGCCACAGGCGAAUGGUGAAUGGUGGAGAACCCCUUCGUGGUAGAUCUUUAGCUGCCAUGUUGGACAUUGUCCCAACAGACAGUUCCUAUCGUUCUAUUCCCUUCUUGGCAGGCUUCAGUUUUUGCUGUAGCCCCUGGAGAUUUUGGUUGUGGGAGGCUGACCUCUUGCUUGCCUCCUUGUGUGGACAAGGUAGCGAAGAUGUAGUCCCUACCUCCUUGCCUUGUGGCCACGAUGUGACUAUUUUCUGGGGUUUCCAGCAUCUUCCAAGACCUCGCCAGGUUGAGUGGGGCCUGAGAGUUGUAGGCAGUUAAAGCCUAUCCAGGCAUGGCUGGCACAGCCAGAGGGAAAGGAACAGGUCGGAGGCGUUGCUUGGGCAGUCUGGGCUGCCCAUCUUCUGCUUAUAAAGUAGAGCUGGUGUUUCUGCAGGAUUGAAGUGGGCUCCCUUUUUCAGAUCCUUUCCUUCCUUUCUUAAUAACUCCAUGGCCCUAGAGCUUUGACUGCCAGGGCCUACGGCUGCAUUCCUUGGAAGCCGAAAGUUCAGUCCAGUGGGGCCACAGGCUUUGUUUUGGCCCGGAAGUGAGGGCAGGGGAUGGAGGUAAGGAGCCCUAAGCUGUCCUGCAGACAGUGCGGCUCCUGUCUCCUGCGGCUGAAUAGGCUCUGCGGAGAGCAGGGGCUGCUAGCUGGAGUGCUAGGGCGGGCUGAGUGCCGGGCUCACCUUGCCACUGCUCUGCCCUUAGAUUUGUGUGUGUCUCACUCUGGCCAUCCACUCCAGCUGUGCGGUCCACCUCAGCUGUGGCACUACUGGCCCGCAUUGUGGGACUGGCCUGGCAUUUAGUUCAGAGUCGAGGGGCUUUGGCCUGAAAUAAAAUGCAAGUAUUUAAGACUGUUGUUGCAAUUUGUGUCUAACAAGCUGUAGCAGGGAAGGAGGGAGUGAGAGCUGGCAGGAGUUACUUUCAUAAAUCAUGAAUUUAUCAACGUGGAAAUAACACUGUAGACCUGUGCACUGGAAUUCUCCUGCAUUAUGUGUGUGACUCAAGUUCACCACUGCAGGAGAGACGGUUUUCCAGAGAGCUAGGAUGCAGCUCUUCUCACAGAUCUGGGCAUGAACCUUGUUAGGUAUAAUUUACCUGAUGCUGCCUCCAUCUUGGAAGCCUGUCUGAGGUGCCAGGUGCUAAAAGAGAAAUAAAGUUUGUCAACAGGCAGAUGCAAAA